ACAAAAUUCCCCAAAUUUCGAACUCAGCUGUCAUGUUGACAGUCAAAACUUAGGUUAAGUAGAGUUUGAAAUUUAGGAUUAUUUUUUGUGAUAAUGAUACGUGUAAGCUGGCCCAGUCCAACGUGAUAGUUAAUUGAUGGAACCAAACCGCUUGCACCUGUUAUCCGAGGACGAAAUGGCCAGUUCCAAGGACUGGAGAAAGGCCUUAAGGUCGCAGCCCGCUUACCGCAUAGUCAAUCGGACCAUACGUGGCCAAACCCAGUUCAUUUCAAUCGUGGCCUUUAUCGGCCUUUUUGUGUUAAUCCUCCUGUACAUGUUUCCCCGUAAGGGGGCCACAUCUGGUAGCGUUCUCAGGAGUAGUACUUACAACUACACGUACCCUCUAACUAGUCCAAUUAAAACCAGUUCAAUGCAUACGUUCCGGAUAGGUGUUAUUGCCGAUCUGGACACGAAUUCGAAGAGUGAAACGGAGAAGAAUGUGUGGUUUUCGUAUUUUAUGAAGGGCUAUCUGAGCUAUAGUCCUACGAGACGGACGGUUGUGGUUACGUGGGACCGCACAAGUCCGGUCAAGUUAACUACGAGUUAUUCGUUGAAAGGGAGAGGGAUGGAGUUGUCCGAGUUGGUGGUUUUUGACGGCAGAUUGCUCACUUUUGAAGACAGAACUGGACUUGUGUACGAAAUUAUUAAUGAUAAAGCAGUUCCGUGGCUGCUUCUUAUGGACGGGGACGGGAGAACCACAAAGGGCUUUAAGUCGGAAUGGGCGACCGUAAAAGACGAAAUUUUAUACGUAGGGUCCAUGGGGAAGGAAUGGACGACCCCUAGCGGGGCCUUUGAAACAAACAAUCCCAUGUAUGUGAAGGCCAUAACACCCAAAGGCCAAGUCAGCCACCUAAGCUGGGUGAACGAAUAUAAGCGAAUUCGGGAAGUUCUGGGCAUUUAUUGGCCCGGUUAUAUGAUCCAUGAGAGCGGGGUUUGGUCUGACGUCCACAGACGUUGGUUCUUUUUGCCUCGAAGGUGCAGCAAAGAGCAAUACAACGAAUCAUUGGACGAACAUAGAGGUUGUUCGGUGUUGAUAAGUGCCGAUGAGGAUCUCUACGAUGUUAAAAAAACACAAAUUUUGAAUUCGAAACCAACGAGAGGUUUUUCGAGUUUCAAGUUCCUGCCAUCGUCCGAAGAUCAAGUCAUUGUGGCGUUACGAAGCGAGGAAGUUGAUGGUAAAACAGCGACCUACAUUACCAGCUUUACGAUUCGAGGGGAAGUCCUCCUUGACGAUCUCCACAUAGCUGAUUUAAAAUACGAGGGAUUGGAGUUUAUUUAGCAUUCCCGCAAUUUUGUAAAAUAUUGUACAUUGUGUAUUAAUUUAAAUAAAAAAUUGUAAAUA